UAACCACAAAGAAGUCGAGGGUUGUUGUUGUUGUGACGUAAAGGCCUACCAGCCAAUCAUAGCGCAGCAUCGAUGAUGGCGGACUCCACGAUGAGUUUCAGGAGCUGUCGAGAGUUAUGGACCAUUUUGCUGGGACGUUCUGCGCUGAGAGAGCCAGCUCAGAUAGAAUCGGAGCUGGAAAGACACUGGGAGCGACUGCAUCAAGGCUUGAGCUACUACAAGCCACCCAGCUCUUCCUCGGCCAGCAAAGUAAAGGAGAAGAAAGAUGUCGCUCAGCCGCUGAAGGAUUUUGGUCUUCGGCUGAGUAAGCUCCUGGGCCUGGAUGAGGUGCAGAGUGUGGAGCUGCUACAGUGUUACCUGCAGGAGGACUACAGAGGAACCCGGGAUUCUUUAAAGGUUGUGCUAAAGGAUGAGCGGCAAAGUCAAGCGUUGCUGCUCAAGGUAGCAGACUAUUACUACGAGGAGCGCAUGUGUCUUCUACGCUGCGUCCUCCUGUUGCUGACGUACUUCCAAGACGAGCGUCACCCCUACAGGAGCGAGUAUUCCAACUGCGUCAACAAGCUAGAGAAGGACCUGGUGAGCAGCUACCAGACUCAGUUCCAAAGCCUCUUCAAAGCCGAGGCGCCCACGUGGGAAAGUCACGGGAACCUCAUGACAGAGCGGCAGGUGUCGCGCUGGUUCCUGCAGUGCCUGCGCGAGCAGUCGCUGCUGCUGGAGAUCAUCUUCUUGUACUACGCCUACUUUGAGAUGAGCCCGUCAGACUUGCUGACCUUCACCAAGAUGUUCAAGGAGCAGGGCUUCGGACUGCGACAGACCAACAGGCACCUGGUGGAGUGGAGCAUGGAUGCGCUGGUCAAUCGCAUCGGCUACUUGAGCUCUCUCAUCCUGGUGGAGGGCAUGGAUGUGGACUUCCUUCACAAGUGCGCCCUGGAGGACUGCACUGAGCAGCAUCAGUUCUCCAGCGUUCCCGACAUUGUCAAGGAGACGGACCAGCUGUUGUUGACCUUUGGGGACAUCCCCCACCACGGGCCGGUACUGCUGGCCUGGGUCCUGCUGCGGCACACCCUCAGACCCGACGAGUCCAACCCCGUGGUACGGCGGAUCGGCAGCGUGGCCUUGCAGCUGGAGGUCUUCAAGUACCUCGCCGCCAUGCUGAAAGGCCUGGGAGUUUCCGGGAACAACUGCACAGCGAGCACAGCCAAGAUGUGCGUCUAUGGCCUUUUGUCCUUUGUCAUCACGUCUUUUGAAGAAGAAAGCCUGCAGACUGGCAGCGGCGGGUCACAGAGCUCCCACCUGAUCGACGCCGCCUGCGAGGUCCUCUCCGCGCCCAGCCUGGCCGAGGUCAUUUGGGAAAUGAAACCCAACAUGGGCUUGGGAAUGAUUCUUGACAGCGCCGUCGGGAUGUUCCCUCACAAGAUGGCGCCUCUUUUGCAGCUCCUCACUGCGCUCUUGUCUAACAAGUCCACUGUCAAGAAGGUGUACAACUUUUUGGAUAAGAUGUCCUUCUACACGCAAGCGUACAAGCACAAGCCCAACGACAUCAUCGCCAAGGAGGACGAGACACUGUGGAAGAGACAGACUCCUAAACUUCUCUACCCGCUUGGCACGGGCCAGACCAACCUGUGGAUGCCACAGGGCAUUCUGGGCCAGGUGAUGCUUGGCGGCGAGCAAGGUUACGUGGUGCGCUGGGACUUCCCGUACAGCUCUUGGACGCUGUUCACGUGCGAGGUGGAGAUGCUUCUCCACGUGGUCUCCACAGCAGACGUCAUGGCACACUGCGCCCGCGUCAAGCCCAUCUUGGACCUGGUGCACAAGAUCAUCAGCACCGACUGGACCGUGUCGGACUGCCUGCUGCCCCUCACGUCGCGCAUCUACAUGCUUCUGCAGAGGUUAACGUCAGUCAUCAACCCUCCGGUGGACGUGAUCGCCUCGUGCGUCAAUUGCUUGUCAGUGCUGGCCGCCAGGAUGCCCGGCAAGGUGUGGUCCAGCCUGCAGCGCACGGGUUUCCUCCCGUUCUCCUCCCACCCCGUGAACAGCAUGGCCCAGUGUGUCAGCGCGGAGGGCAUGAAAGCGGGUAACUACGGCAACCUGCUGGUCCAGAUCGAGCAGCCCAGAGGGGAGUACGCCGUGACCAUGGCCUUCCUCAAGUUGGUCACCACCCUGGUCAAGCCUUGCCUUCAGGGUCAGCUGGGCAGCACUCAGAACAAAGGACUCAUCCCCUGCGUGCUGCUGGUGCUGAAGGAGAUGCUGCCCACCUACCACAAGUGGCGCUACAACGCCUACGGCGUCCGAGAGAGGAUCGGCUGUCUCAUUUUGGACCUCAUCCAUGCCAUCCUCAAUCUGAGUCCAGAGGGCGGGGACCAGGGCAGCAUGCCCACCCUGCAGUGGCUCUGCAUCUACAGUCUGGCCAACACAGAGGCCGGGCAGGCGGUGGUCAACAUCAUGGGAGUGGGCGUGGACAAGAUCGACAUGGUUCUGGCCGCUCAGCCCAGCAGCUGCGGCUCCGAGGGCCCGGGUCAGGUGCUGAUCCAGAUGGUCAAGCUGGCCUUCUCGGUCAGCAACAAUGCCAUCCGCCUCAAGCCGCCCUCUGAUGUGGCGUCGCCCCUGGAGCAGGCCCUGACGCAGCACGGCGGCCACGGCAACAACCUGGUGGUGGUGCUGGCCAAGUACAUCUACCACAAACAUGACCCGGCGCUGCCCAGGCUGGCCAUCCAGCUCCUCAAGCGCCUCGCCACCGUGGCCCCCAUGUCCGUCUACGCCUGCCUGGGCAGCGAGGCGGCCGCCAUCCGCGACGCCUUCCUCACGCGUCUGCAGAGCAAGACGGAGGACAUGCGGCUCAAGGUGAUGAUCCUGGAGUUCCUGACGGUCGCCGUGGAAACGCAGCCGGGCCUCAUCGAGCUCUUCCUCAACCUGGAGGUGAAGGACGGCAACGAGGGCUCCAAGGAGUUCUUGCUGGGCGAGUGGAGCUGCCUGCAUGUGGUGCUGGACCUGAUUGACUCCAAGCAGCAGGGCAAGUACUGGUGCCCCCCGCUGCUGCACCGCGCCGCUCUGGCCUUCCUGCUGGCGCUGUGGCAGGACCGGCGGGACAGCGCCAUCUGUGUCCUGCGCAGCAAAGAAAGGUUUUGGGAGAAUUUAACCAUGCCGCUCUUUGUAACGCUGGCGCCGCCUUCAGACACCACUGAGCCUUCCCUUUUGGAAACGUGCGCCUUUGUCAUGAAAAUCGUCGGCCUGGAGGUCUUUUACGUACAUAGCGCCUCUCUGGAGCAGCCUCUGAAGGACGCCCUGCGGAGGUUGGCCAACGCGCGGCGUUACGGGUACUGGUCCCAGUACGUCAAGUCGCUGGUGUGCCACGUGGCGGCCAUGGAGGACCAGGGCGUUUGCUACUUCCCCGAGCAGACGCACAUGCUGUUGCUGGCCUGGCGGAUGCUGCUCAUCCUCGCCACCGGUCACUCCGAUGUGAUGCAGCUGACGGACAACCAGACGAAGCUGAAGCUUUUCAUGGACGUGCUGGAUGCCACCAAAGCCGCCCUGACCAGACCCUCGUCUAUGGCGUGCCUCCGCCUGGGCUCCAUGACGGCCACGCUGCUCCUCGUUCUCCUCAAGCAGUGGAGAAGCGUGGUGGCGACCGCUCCCGACAUCCUGCCGCCGCUCUCGCUCAUGCUGGAGUGCGUCCUGCAAGCCGACCAGCAGAUGAUGGACAGGACGAAAGGCAAAAUCCUGUCAGCGCUCAUCUCCGUGCUGCAGAUUCAAGGACUCAACGGCGGCGAGGUGUCGCAGCUGCCCCAGCUGCUGUUGUGCGUUUGCGAGACGGUGAAAGACGAAGCCUCGUCGCUGAGGGACAGCACCCGUCAGGCGCAGCGCGCGGCCGAGCCUCCGGAGGACGACGACAACAUGGAGACCGACUUCGCCCGCGGACCCCACAAGGACCAGAGGGACGGGGUGUGCGUGUUGGCGCUGCACCUGGCCAAGGAGCUGUGCCUUAGCGACGAGGACGGUGAGCAUUGGGUGGCCGUGAUGAGGACGGUCCCUGUGCUGCCCUCCGUGCUGAGCGCCCUGGAGCUCAGUCUGCGCUCCAAGCAGAACCUCUACUUCACCGAGGCCGCCUUACACCUGCUGCUCACGCUGGCGCGCACGCCGCAGGGGGCAGCAGCCGUGGCUGGAGCAGGAGUCAUCCAAGCGAUAUGUCUUCCUCUCCUCAGCGUCUAUGAAGUCUCCAGCAACGGAGCGUCCCAGAGCUUCAACCGCAAAUCUCAAGACUGCGCAUGCUGGCCCGGCGUCUACCGCCUGUGCGUGUCCCUGAUGGAGAGUCUGCUCAAGACGCUGCGCUACAACUUUAUCAGCGAGGCGCUCGACUUUGUGGGCGUGCACCAGGAGCGCAUCCUGCAGUGUCUGAACGCCGUGCGCACCGUGCAGACUCUGGCGUGUCUGGACGAGGCCGACCACACCGUUGGCUUCCUGCUGCAGCUCUCCAGCUUUUCCGACGAGUGGCAGUUCCACCUGCCCAAGCUGCUCCAGGAUGUGCAGGUGAAUCUGUGCUACCUGUGUCAGACGUGCACAUACCUGCUGCACAGCAAGAAGAUGCUGCACCACUACCUCCAGCCUAAAAACGGCGAGUCGUUGCCCCCCGGGCCCCUCCCCAGGACGCAGCGCCCCUCCAAGGAAGUGGCGCUGUCAGCGGGGCGAUACGAGUGCGACGAAGUGGAGCAGAAGGCCGUGCUGGCCGUACAGUGCGCUCUGCUCAGAAUCCUCAGCAAGACGCUCGCCAGCCUGCAACAUUUCACGCCCGACUGCUGCCAGAUGAUACUGGAUCAGUGCAUGGACCUGUCGUCCUACCAGACGCUGUUUGCGCUGAGCUUCACGGCCCCAGCCUUCGAUCCCGACGUGGCUCCGUCCUUUGGGACCCUCUUGGCCACUGUCAACGUGGCGCUCGAGAUGCUCACCGAGAUGGAGAAGAAGAAGGAGACGGCCUUGCUCAGCAUCGUGGCUCUCGCCUCCUCCGAGGAGAUCCAGGCUCUUAAGUCCCUUUUGAUGUUCACCAUGGAGAACUGCUUCUACGUGUUGGUGUCACAGGCGUUGCACUGCCUCAAAGACGUCGGCACCUCGCCGCGAGACAAGCAGCGGCUCAAGCAGGAACUCAGCUCAGAGCUGGGCACUGUCCUCUCCAGCCUAGCGCGCCAUUUCCGCCGCGGCUCGCCUUCGUCCCCAGCAGGGGGCAGCGGUGCAGCGGCCCUCCCGUGCCCCCUGCCUCAGUCCAAACCGCCCACCCCAGGCUCCAAGGGGAUCCACGAGGGCCAGGAGCCGAUCAUCCAGCUGGUGCAGGCCUUCGUACGACUGGUUCAAAGAUGAAUGCAACCAUGGAAAUACCACAGCCAGUGUUCGUUUAAAAGCUGCCCAAAAGGCAACUUUUGUUUUUUUUCUACAAGGCCUAGUUUUAUAGGUCCGUUUGACGACCUUCACCAUUCACUUUGGAUGCGUUGCCAGUGUGGAUGAAAAAUGUGCACAAGUCAUGCUGCAUUUAUAGCAUUGAGCGACAAGUAUGUUUGAAAGUAUUUGCAAGCUAGUUUCCACUUAACAUUGGCGAUUUAGCACUUGCAUACUACUUCACAGCUUUUGUUUCAAUGCUAAAAAAGAUGUUUCUGAAGUUUUGAACAUGUUUGAAACUUGCUUUUUUUAUGCACAUACAAAGCUUUCAUUUACUCUUUACUCAUUAAACUCAUAAAACCAAA